CAUAAUGUUCACCGCACACCAAGUGGCAGACUACAGAACUAAACAGUUAAACAGCUUGUCAUUCUCUGGAAAUUUUCAGAGCUCCUGACAAAAACUAGGGAGGACACAAAGUCACCGUUUUAACAUUUAGAUGAAAAUUCACAUGAUGGAGGUUGAUGUGGCUCCACCAAAAGGUGAGGGUCUGAGGCAAUAUUACAUCACCAAGAUUGAAGAACUUCAGCUUGUGGUGGCAGAGAAGGCCCAGAAUCUUCGAAGGUUACAGGCGCAGAGAAAUGAGCUCAAUGCUAAAGUCCGCAUGUUGAGGGAGGAAUUGCAGCUGCUGCAAGAGCAGGGAUCUUAUGUUGGUGAAGUUGUCAAAGCAAUGGAUAAGAAAAAAGUGCUUGUCAAAGUUCAUCCCGAGGGCAAGUUUGUAGUAGACAUUGACAAGAACAUUGACAUCAAUGAUAUCAAACCAAACUGUAGAGUAGCCCUCAGGAAUGACAGCUAUACUUUGCACAAAAUCCUUCCCAGUAAAGUUGACCCAUUGGUCUCCCUUAUGAUGGUUGAAAAAGUCCCAGACAGCACUUAUGAAAUGGUUGGAGGUUUGGAUAAGCAGAUCAAAGAAAUCAAGGAAGUCAUUGAAUUGCCAAUCAAACAUCCGGAGCUCUUUGACGCACUGGGUAUUGCUCAGCCCAAAGGUGUCUUACUUUACGGCCCGCCCGGAACAGGUAAAACUCUUUUGGCCCGUGCUGUUGCUCAUCAUACGGACUGUACUUUCAUUCGUGUCUCUGGUUCUGAACUGGUUCAAAAGUUUAUCGGUGAAGGUUCUCGUAUGGUUCGUGAACUUUUCGUUAUGGCAAGGGAACACGCUCCUUCCAUCAUCUUCAUGGACGAAAUCGAUUCCAUCGGUUCGUCUCGUAUCGAGUCUGGCAGCGGAGGCGAUUCCGAAGUUCAACGCACCAUGUUGGAGUUGCUGAAUCAGCUCGACGGUUUCGAAGCCACGAAAAACAUCAAAGUGAUUAUGGCCACGAAUCGUAUCGACAUAUUGGAUCCCGCUUUAUUGCGGCCCGGUCGUAUCGAUCGCAAGAUCGAAUUCCCGCCACCAAACGAGGAGGCUCGUCUCGACAUUCUCAAAAUCCACUCGAGAAAGAUGAAUCUGACACGUGGCAUCAACUUACGAAAGAUUGCCGAGCUCAUGCCCGGCGCUUCCGGAGCGGAAGUCAAGGGUGUAUGCACGGAAGCUGGAAUGUACGCACUGCGCGAAAGACGCGUUCACGUCACUCAGGAAGACUUUGAGAUGGCUGUCGCCAAGGUGAUGCAGAAAGAUUCUGAGAAGAAUAUGUCUAUUAAGAAGCUCUGGAAGUGAUUGCUAUCAUUUUGUUAUUCGAUUUCAACGGUCCACAAAGGUAGACACUUUUAUCGUACUUCACAGAACAAGCAAACAAUCAACUUAAAUCAGAAAAAGAGAUGCGAAAUCGUUUAGGAUUAUGUCCGUAAUCCAAAGCGUUUCCAUUAUUUCUAUUCUCAAAUAAGAACCCUCUAUCCAGACUUACUGUUGGGGUGGUCUACCUUCGAAAGUCUGCAAUUCCCAGCAUUCUUGAAAUGAAUGGUGUGCGUUGUGGAAACAGUCCCGCCUCCACUGUCUUUGUUUAUUUCAUCUCCUGUACUGAUUAAGUGAUAUUCUGCUGAAAGUGGUAUACUGAUGAUUUUGUUCGACCUUCGUUGGCCUACCUGUAAUACAAAGAGUACAGCCUCUAA